ACUAUUGUCUUUAUUUUCUCACAUCACAUCCUCUCUAGAAACCAUCGCAAUGCCUGCCUCCAUUUGUUCACUUUCUCCCCACACACACAAAUCACCUCUGCUGUUCCAUUGUUUUUGUACCUCCUUGUUGGAGUCCUCCCUCUAUAAAGACUGUACCGCGGAUGAAAAGUAUAUGUGAAAAUAUAUUAGAAAUGUCAGCAGCUUCGAAAGAUUGUAUCAAGACUGAGAAGUUUGAUCUGUCAGAUGAUAGGAUGGAUGCUGUUAGUGAUGAAUCCAACCUUGGAUUGUUCAGAAAGUAUGUGUUGAAGAAAGGCCAGCAGAGUAAAGGCAAGCGAGUUGCAGAAGAAAUGUCGGAGUCUGUCAGAAACCAGCUGAGGUUUUCUGCCUUGAACCCUCAGCAGUUUGCCUAUACUUCUCGGCCUUCUACUCUGCUGGAGAAACACUUGCUUCCUGCGCUUGAAUCCAGUGCAAAGUUACCAAUUUCAUCUGGUGAAAGCAAGACUGCAAAACCACAGCUAACAAUUUUCUACAAUGGCGCCAUCAAUGUAUAUGAUAACGUCUCUGUUGAUCAGGCGCAAGCCAUUUUCCUUUUAGCAGGUAGAGCAACUGUAUCGCCUCCAACUGUGACGGAAACACCCAAAGUGGACAUCGCAAAACCUCAGAAAGUAGACAACACAUCCUCUAUUGGCAAGUUGCAGACUGAUCUUCCUCUAGCAAGAACGAUUUCUCUCCAACAUUUCCUAGCAAAGCGUCGCCAAAGGAUAAUGAGCAAAUCUCCGUACCCUGCACCCUCCAGCAGUAGCACUCGAAAAGAUGUUGAUAAAGAGUAUGCUGAAAUGAAGCAGAACAGAAACAACAUUGUGGAUCUAAAUGAAGAAAAAAGCUUCUCAAAAUCUCCUUUCCCUUCCCAGGGAUUCUUUUUCCCCAUUCCAGCUAACAAGCGUUGUUAAGUAUGAUUAGUUCUUAUGAUAAAGACGUUUAAUUAUGUUCAAGUAGUAGUAUAAUUAGCUUUAGACUUUCAGACAUUAUAAUCAGCAUUUCAGCAUUAUAAAUUCACACCAGCUUACAAACAUAAAAAUAAGACCACGUAUAUCAUCAGACUUUACUGUGAUGUUGUGUGCUUGUUACAGCUUUCCUGAACUCACAGAGUUACAGUAAUGGCUAGGGUUUUCGUGAUCAUAGGCAUAUGUGCACGUGCUUCUAUCAACUUGUAAAAUCAGUCCUCAUUCCUUAACAAUGUUCUAUACUUCUAUUACA